CGUUAGUGCGGGCACGAGAGCAUUUUGAGGUUACAUGCCGUCAUGUCCUCUCUCUCAGGUUUUUUUUCUGAUUUUUGUAAAUUCGUUUGCACGUGAAUUCUCCAUAGAGGACGAAAUGAUAUAAAAUUAAAACUAGCCUGAGAUAUACGUUAUGUACUAGUAUGUUACCAUCUCUCCAUUGCACAAAUUAUUCACUUAAACGUUAAUAUAUAUGAGAAGAAAGAAAAAAACCAAAGCUGGUGAUGGGAGAAAGAAAUUGGAAAGAUUGGAGACCUUUCGUUUACGGAGGUUUAGCUUCGAUUGUCGCGGAGCUGUGUACUUUUCCUUUAGAUACGACUAAAACACGUUUGCAAGUACAAGGCCAGAAGUAUGACAAAAAGCUCGCACGUUUAAGAUAUUCUGGCAUGACCGAUGCGCUAUUACAAAUAUCUAAACAAGAAGGAAUAAAAGGUUUAUAUUCUGGGAUUAGUUCUGCGAUUUUAAGACAAGCAACAUAUGGAACUAUAAAAUUUGGAUCUUAUUAUUCACUCAAAAAGGCUGCAAUUGAUGCCUGGGCAACGGGGGAUUUAGUCACAAUAAACAUUGUUUGUGCAGCAUUAGCUGGAGCUGUAUCAAGCGCAAUUGCCAAUCCCACUGAUGUAAUAAAAGUUCGUAUGCAAGCCACCGGCAAUGAAACAAAUGUGUCGCUAUUUACUUGCUUUCAAGAUGUAUAUCAACAUGAAGGUAUUCGCGGACUUUGGAGGGGUGUUGGACCGACUGCUCAAAGAGCGGCUGUUAUUGCGGCUGUAGAAUUACCUAUAUAUGACUAUACCAAGAGUAAAUGUAUGAGUGUAUUGGGAAAUAGCGUUAGUAAUCAUUUUGUAUCUAGUUUUGUAGCUAGUAUGGGAAGUGCUGUUGCUUCAACGCCUAUAGACGUAAUUCGCACCCGAUUGAUGAAUCAAAGGAGAAUGUGUAUAGCUGAUACCAAGCCUUCAUCAUAUAUUUACAGUGGCAGUAUAGAUUGCUUGCUUCAGACAAUUAAAAAUGAAGGAGUUCUAGCUCUGUACAAAGGCUUUAUCCCGACGUUGUUCAGAAUGGGACCGUGGAAUAUUAUAUUUUUUAUUACCUAUGAGCAGUUAAAACAAUUAUGAUGCAUCGUUAUUAUAUUGAAUAUUUAAAUUCUUCCACCACGAUAAGGUCUGGAAAUAUGUUUUAAUACGUAUAAACAACAUUACAUUAUGUAUUUAAUAUUAUUAUCUGAUAAUCUUAACUGUAUACAAUUUGUUGAUUGUGAAAGUGACUGUUAAUUAGUUACCUUAAUGCGAUAUAAAAUAAGUAACACUUAGUGUAGAUAAACAAAUGAGACACAGCACUUUUCAAGAUUAAUGUAAUUGUAGAAAUAGAUAUAAGAAAAAGAAAGUAAUCGGAAAAGUUCAAGAGCUUCCCAAAGUACAAGCUUCCACAAAUUAUUUUAGAUUUCAUAGAGUUACACAUUUAAUACACUAUUUUAAAACGUUCAUAUGUCAUAUUCAUACAUUUUUACGUAUGUUAUUUCAAUUAUCUUAAAAUUUUGACACAUAAAUUCGAUUCCGUAUAGAAAGUUCAUGUUAAGUAAAUUAGUAAUGAACAUUCUACAAAGUUUUUUAAAAUACUAUGUGUAGAAAUAAAUGUUUAAGGUACUUGUUUUGAUUUAUCGCAACAUUUUGUACAAUACUAGUCAUUGUUAUUUACAUGAAUAUAAAAAUGGAUUAUUUUACUUCAGUA